UGAGUCUGUUGAGAGAAGAAACUAGUGGUGGAUCAGAGAGAGCAGCUAGCACAGAGUGGCCAGCCAGGACGACAGGAGCCAAACGCCAGUGGCCCAAGGCAGGGACCGGCCCAUCCCCUCCCUCUCCCGCCCUCUGCCCGGCCUCCCAACUCCCUUCUCCAAGUGUCUCCAAACUCUGAACACCCGGUGUCUGCGCCUCUGCACCGACCUGGGGGCCCUCCCCAGUUUCUCCUCCCCUCUACCUCGGGGGACCUUAGUGGAGCGAGGGGGCCCGGAUUCCAGAGGGUGGAGCGGCCAGGUGAGCCCUGAAAGGUAGGGCGGGUGGGGGAGCACUCGGGCCCCACCCCAGGAUCCGGUGACGCCAGGGCUGGAAUUUGACACCGGACGGCGGCGGGCAUGAGGCUGCUGAGGGAUGGAGUUGGGCUCUGCCCCCAGACACGGCCCACGGGCUCCGCCAGCAGCAGGUCCCUCGGGUCCCAGCCCUCGCUGUGUCCCGGACCCAGAGCCCUGCACUCCCGGUAAGCCGACAGCCCAGGGGCUGGGGGGAGCGGCCAGGGUUGUCCCCUUCCACUCCUUUCUCACAUUCUCCCUCUCCUGGGCCCGCUGUGCAGCUCUCCGCCCCUCCCAGCCCCCCUCAGUCCCUCUAGUUGCUUGUCGGACUAUGCUAGCCCUGCCCGCCGGCCGUAAUGCGAGGCUCCUGCUGCCGCUACAGGGCUCAGACUGGCUGCCAAGACCUCGCUUUUGGCUGAGAGAGCCGCGGCCAGGUGCACAGCCCUGGGCAUGAAGCUUCUGGGCUGCAGGGGAAAGCCCGGCUCUGGUUCCAGGAAAGGUGCCUAGAAGAACAGGACACAGAACCCCUCUGGUGAGUAUCGGGCUGGUAGAUGGGGCGGCCAGGCAAGGGCUGGAGGACCAGGUGGCCCCAGAUGGCAGUGAGGGAGUCGGAGGGCCUGAGCUGCCCACAAGAGACCUGCUCCUGGGCUCCCCCUACUGCAGGGGCCUUCAACCCUACCUUACUAGGCUUUCCUUCCGUCAGUGAGAACAAGUCACUACCCUGGCUCCUCAGGCCCAAAUCCUGCUAGGCGAGCACAUGUGGCGCGGGAGGGCCUCACCAGGGAGACCUGGCCCUCAGGCACAGCAGCAUUCUGUGCGCUGGGCAUGAGGUUGGAGGUGAUAGCUGGGACCCAAGAGCAGGCCAGCCAGUGAGGGCUCAUGAAGGCUCCAGGGCUCCAGAGAGGUGUUUGGGAGUGCCAGGCAGUGUGGGCUCAUAAAAAUUGAUGGGACUCUGAAAGGCCAACUGGGCUCAGGAAGGAUGGUUCAUGGGGGAAACUUCCAGGCUGCCAGAUCCAGAGGGAGCUUGCAGGCGGACAGUCCUGGACCAGCUCUCAGGGUGGCUCAGCUCUGAGAGACCAGGCUGGUGUAGGAAGCAACUCCUGGGAGUUGCUGGGGCCUGAGUCUGGCUGUGGGUAGGGGGAAAGCCCACCCUCCUUUGAGUCCACAGGCUUGACAGAUGCUGCCCCCUGGUGGCCACAGAGAGCCAUGGCCCAGACCCCCUGUUCCUAGAGGGCUCCUCAGCCUCUACCACCUGCUGGCUCUUGAAGGAUGUCUGUGGUCAGAAGAAACUUCUGUGGUCAGGCGGCUCUGCAUCCAGACAGAGAUCACGGAGGAGCAAGGUGCAGCAGCACUUGGGUGGGCAGCACAGGCUGAAGCCUGGACCUCACUAUCAUCCAAUAACUCAGGGCAACCCACAAGCACCCUAAUUCUUCUCUAGGAAACAACUUCCUCCUCUGCAGUAUGGACCGCAGGCUCUCUGUGAGGUCAGGGUGUCCAGCUGCUCCCUUCUCCAGCCCUGCAGCACAGAGCAGGAAGUUCCCUUCCCCGCACAGCUUGUGGGUCUACCCUUGUGAUUUUUGAUAAUUGCUGAGCUUCUCUCUGAGCCUUGUUUCCUGGUCUGGAAAGUGGGGAUGAUAUAUACCAUUUACCUCAUGGAGUUAUGGGGUCUGAAAGGAAACAGGUGCAAAGCGCCACCACAUAGUUAGGUUCCCGAUGCAGCCACUUCUCCUCUUGGGUUGAGCCCAGCUGCCCAAGCCCCUUGUCCCUCACCUGGAGAAGCUGAAGUGGAGGGAUGACCUGCUCUGAGGAUAACUCAUCUCUCCAUGUUCCAAGCUGCCUCAAGAGGAGGGUGGGGGAACAGGUCGGCUACAGCUGAUGGGAGCUCCUGGUGUUGACAGAGAUGGAGCCUGGACGUGGAGGCCCUUCUGUGCUGCCCCUCCGGGCCGGGCCUAGGCGGCAGCAGCCUGCGCUAUGGCCCACCCUGGCCGCUCUGGCCCUGCUGAGCAGCGUCGCCGAAGGUGAGGCCUCCCUGGGCCCCGCGCCCCGCAGCCCGGUCCCCCGCGAAGGCCCCACGCCCGCCCCGGCGUCCCCCGCGGGCCCCCUGGCCGGGGGCCGCGCGGCCCGUCUAUGCAGCGGAAGAGCCCGGCGCCCGGCGCCCCCGCCGCCCCGGCCCGAGCCCCCGCCGCCAGCGCCCUCGCCCUCGCCCGCACCCCCUCGCGGGGCCCGCGCGGCGCGGGCGGGGGGCCGGGCCGGCCGAGAGAGCCGGGGGAGCCGCGCGCGGGCCGCGGGGGCGCGGGGUUGCCGCCUGCGCUCGCAGCUCGUGCCGGUGCGCGCGCUCGGCCUGGGCCACCGCUCCGACGAGCUGGUGCGCUUCCGCUUCUGCAGCGGCUCCUGCCGCCGCGCGCGCUCGCCGCACGACCUCAGCCUGGCCAACCUGCUGCACGCCGGGGCCCUGCGGCCGCCCCCGGGCUCGCGGCCCGUCAGCCAGCCCUGCUGCCGACCUACGAGCUACGAGGCCGUCUCGUUCAUGGACGUCAACAGCACCUGGAGGACCGUGGACCGCCUCUCGGCCACUGCCUGCGGCUGUCUGGGCUGAGGGCUCGCUCCGAGGGCGUGCGGACAGACCCUGACCCGUGGAUCUAACUGCCUGGGAUCACUGGGGGCUCGGCCGGAGAUGGAGGCUUCGGCCGUUUGAGUGAUGGACAUCAGCCCUGCGGAGAUGGAAGCACGAUUGACCGGCAGCCCCAGGGCUCCCACCCUGCCGGCCUCAACCCCGCAGACACCAGAGACCUCAGCUGUGGAGAGCCGAGGACCCACUGCUCACAGACUCUGUCACUGCCCGGGCCAGGAACCCAGGACUCCUCUAGAGAACCCAGCAGUGUGAGGUCUCAACCUAAGCCCGGGCCUGGGGGGGACAGAUUUGGAGACAUGUAAUUCGCCGCCGAAGUGCCUGUGAUGGAGCGGGCCUUGGACUCUCUGGUGGGAGCUGGACCCCUAUUUAUUACUUCUAAGUUAUUUAUUUA